AUGUACAAGGAACCGCUAGAUGUUUUAAUGUAAUACCAUUAAACAUCGAUUUCUAACUUUUUACUAUUAUAUUAUAUAUGUAUAUUUUGUUUACUAACUAGGUGUCCGAGAAAAAGCUCAGAAAGAGACCUGCCAAUUUUCGGUCAAACGUCGUUCGCAGAAUACCCUCUCCGGUAGAAUGGGAAAAACAACGUAAAGCGAACUUACACAAGAAGAUUUUAGGUAACAGAUUGUGGAGGAGGAGAAGGAAUGCUUAUACAAUUAUUACUGUCUAGGGCUCUGAUGUAUAAAAAUAAUAAUGUAUAAUAAUAAAUAUAUGGUCCUACGUUUUGUCCAAUUUAAAUUUUACCUAUAAAGGUGGACCGUGCUAGUAGUUAACAGGGUUAACAAUUCUUUAAAAAAAAAAUGUUUAUUUUAUUUCUUAAGAAUUUGCAAAAAUGUAAACCAGAACAAAAUUAUUAUCUCCUUACGUGAAAAUAAUUUUAGUACAGUAUCAAAAUGACCCCUAGUAACACCACCUAGCAAAAAUUUCAAAUUUAAAAUACUACAAUAAAUUAGUACUUAAUAAAAUUGUGAAUUUUGAUGGUUUAUGGGAAAGUGUUGUUAUUUUGGUUAGAUUGACAAGACUUAAAACCGUACCUAGGAGCGGUUCGGAUUCCCUUGAAUUUUAUUCAAUAUAUAACAAUUGUAGAAAAAUUCUAAACGAUCAUAAAAUUGAUUAAAAAAAUGAUGGACUCCCCGAAAUUUUUUCCAGCUACAUCCUCGAAUAGUUCCUAGUCGUUUUAUUUUCUAGAACAGUAGACUGUAUACUCCACAGUCCAUCCUUGAGCAGCAAUUAUGAAUUCAGUUCAAAUACUACUGAAUGAAAUUAUACAGUUUUUAUUUUUCAUACUAUGAUAUUAUGAUUAUAAAUGCAUAUUUUAGUAUAUUUUUUGUAAUUGUUUACUUUAAAAUGCCUGUAUUGUACCCGUACAUUUUGUAUUGUAUUUAUUCCGUAUGCUUUCUAAUUUUUCAUCAUAACAUUAAUAAUGUAGUCGUGAUAGGAUUCUCCUGUCUGUAUACAUUUCAUGUCCAUAUUAGAAUACUAGAAUGAGCACAACUUUUUACAAAAAAAAACUGACUGAAAAAACAUAUACAUUUUAUAAAUUUAAACGUUUUAUUGUUUGUACAUAAUUUGAAGUAUUUUUAGGUGAAAGUGCGUAUUUUAUGACUUUCAAUGCCUAACCUAACCUUUUUAGUCAAUUUUAUAGAAUGUAUAAAAAUGCAUCAUACACAUUAGGAUAAUUUUAAGUGCAUGAAAAUCCGAGCUCUAAUUAUUAUUAAAUAGUGUGUAGUUUUAAAAUAUUAUUAUUGUCUCUUCUGGUUUCAGUUAAGGGUGACUUUCUGAUGAACAAAUGUUUUAACGAUCUGAAAGACGGAUUGCAAAACACGGUCGAGCAGAAACGGAAGACGAUGGAGAACCUAGUGCAACGUCAGCUUCAAAAAGAAAAGGCGAACAUACAGUCGGAAAGCAAAAAAAAACUGCUACAAUUUACCGAAGAAACACAAAUAAAAUUUAACGUAAGUUCAGAGAGUACGUCUCGCGUUAUUGCUUUCGAAUAAAUGGUAGAGACAGAAAAAAAAUACUUCGAACGAUGGGUGGGCCACUGUUGUAGGUGAAAAUUAAGAGUGGAAAUUAAAUUUAUAUUUGUACGCAACAAUAAACCAUUGUUAAUGAAAAAUAAUUCUUACCAGAGUAUUAUUAUUCGUAUUUUUCCUUUUUAGACAUACUACCUUGGGUAAACCAGAAAACAACAAUUAUAAAAGAAUUAAAAUUUUUUCUAUUUUUUAAGAAAACCUAAAGUAAAAUUGAAAAAUUAUCUCCUAAAUUAAAAAAAUGCUACAAAAUAUCCAAUAGUGUUUGUUAUUUGAGCAAGAUUUUUGGUAGAAAAGUUGUUUACAGACAUACAUAGACAAAAAAAAAAAAUACAUUCCAGUAACCGAUAUAUCCUUCACUUAGAAUCUAUAAAACAUAACCUAAUAACAGUAUAAAUAGAAAAUAUUACCGAGUUAUAUGGCUAUUUUGCGCAAAAGGGUUUAAAAUAAAUUGUGGAAUAAAUUUAAUUAUAUAUCUAUAUUAAAAUUGAAAAUAUUUUUCAAUCGUCAUGAAUUUUCGAAGAACCUACUGUCUGUUCGGUUCAUGGAGAAUCUUCAAUAAAUAUUUUUUAUUCACCUGCAACAUAACCAACAUGCAUUUCUAACUAGCCUUUUUAACGUCUUUCAACUUUUUAUAUUUUUCUAUUUGAAUAGCUUACCCAAGCACUCGUAUCGGUAAAAAUGUACCUAUAUACUUAGCAACUUGAAACCGAUGGUAAAAAAUAGAAUUGAAUUUGUAAUACAAAAGUUCAGACAUAUUUCUUUUAAACGAGUAUUUUUUCUAUCGUUAAUUUAUAUUUGAACUAAUAUGCUAGUAUAUUCUGUAGAAAGAUUUAGCCACGGCGACUGCAGACACGCGGAAUGGCUGCGAAGAACGUAGAAAGCAAUAUUUAAUGGAAGUGAAGAGAUUGACUUCGGCAGAUUUCCAAGAAUCGAUAUUAGAGCAGAAAAAACAUUUAGGAAAGAAAUUCGAACGUUUCAAGAUACAGAAUUUGGCGGAUUUCAAAAAUUACUAUAGACAGUUAAUUGAUUGUUAUCAGCAAACAAACGAAAAACAACUAGCAGACAUGAAACAAAAACACGACGAAAACUACGAAAAUCUGAAAAAGUCAUUGAUAAAAAAAUACAACAGAGAUCUCGCUUUGGCGAAAAUAAAUUAUCAAAGAAUAUUAUCGUCCAAACAAUCGCAACCGCCUCCCGAACUGCCAGUAAUCAACGAUGACGAAACAAAUCGGAAAGAAUUGGAAUCGCUCAUACAACAAAGAACCAAAAAGCUAAACGAUUUAAACCGGGAUUCUCGACAGCUUAUGUUUUACAAAAUGAAAAUUAAAAGCAUAUUGAACAACUACGGUAAAAUAGUGACCAUGAUGGUGCCACAGCCUUCUGAUGUGCACUACGUACUAGAUAAGAAAAUGAUGAUUGAAAAGUACUUGGGUCGUCCGACAAAAAAUGAACUAAAACAAUUAUCGAUCCCCGAAGAUGAAUAA